GCUGCAUCAGAAGGAGACGUGGCAAUGGGGCUCUUCGACGUAGACCCAUCUGGGCAGUAUGCGUUGGACAUGGCUACGCCUGGUCAGCGGACAUGCUUUCGACUGCUGCUGACCAGCUUGGCACAGUUGGGCGGUAGCCGAAGCCAAUACAUCAAGAGCGCUAUGCUGACCACGUCCCCGAAGACACCUCCCGUGCCGUACAACGUAGAUGGCGUGCGCAAGAAGCGGGGUGUUUGGAAUGUGCCAACAUCUGGCAUCCUCAGCUUCGUGCUCAGUCUCAACGACCAUUUCCUGAAGGACGAAGGGGACCACAGCGGUCUCUAUUCAGAUGUGGUGGAGAGGAUGUUGGGCAGGAGGAAGCGGACCUGGAAAUCAAAGCGAAAGUGCUUCGCGGUUCUGCAGAAGGUGAAUUCCAUGGAGGGGCCGCUGUUUGAUGCCAUCCUCAUGGCUCUGCUCCAAGACUUCCAGCUAAACAAGGACCAGGUGAUGGCCAUCUACAUGAACCAAGGUGACAAAGCCAAAGAGACUCUGAUUCGGAUGCUGCCGGCCGCUUUGAAUCCCAGGGCUCUCCUCCACGCCGCCUCGAACACCGACUCCAUCAAGGAUAUCCUGGAUUUCGAGAGAUCUGCGCGAGCUCCGAUGUCCCUGAACUUGGAGAACCCCACGGGGCACUAUGUCCUGCGGUUGGAUCUGCUGCCCACGCGAACGGUUGUCCAGAAGCUCCUCCUACUGAACCGAUGGCAGCUCCAUCUCUGGCGCAAGGCAAACCUUGUUGAUGUCAGCAUGGAUGGCAAGGGGAAGUGUCUGCGAAAUGCUUUGCUGGAUGGUAAGUCGCUAAGUUUCUCGGAAGUUGACUGGCGGAUUCCUCCGCAGGGCCUUCUGAGCUUCGACUUUGUUGCGCUGUACAGGCCGCCAGCUGGAGCAAAGCCUGUCCCCAUCGAAACCUGGGGCAAUGUGCUCUCUGCGCUGCAGGCAGUUCUGACCCCGAAGAAGAAGAACGAUAUGACCGAAGAGGACGAGGCUCAGGAGGCUGCCAAGGUCAGCCAGGCAGACUGGGCGCUUCGAGGCAUCAGCUCAAGAGUUUGGAUUCUCUCCCGGCAGCUGCGAAAUCUUCUCUGCGUCUUUCUACACAGAGAUGAUCGAGCCACCAUUCUUUGCAUGAUGUUUCUACGCUGCGUCGAUUGGCCCAUCAAUGGCAAGUGUUGCCAGCCAAAGUUUGCAAAACAGCAUUGGAAGAGCCUCAGCGAAAAGUUGGGCUACAUGAACCUCUUUCCUUAUGGUCAGCCAGAGAUGUCCUUUCACACCAUUGACCUGGCCCAAUGGGAACAGCGGCGAUGCUUACACACGCUUGUUCGGCUGUCGAAUGCCGAAGAUGCCGUGAACAUCAAGAACCCCGUGUUGGACAAGGACGCGAACCCAAAUGCGCCUGCUUUCCAACCAUUUGUGGCAGGCAUUCCCAACUCCUGGGCCGAGUGGGACAACGUGCUUGCCCAGGGGAUCAUGCAGUGCUGCAGCCUCAGCUAG